AGGCACGAGUAGGUAGCGCUUACGAAAGAAAGAUUGAGGUGUCGAGUCGGGCACGGCGGAGCAGGCGGACCCCAAAGACAUCCCUUCACUCGUAGGGCUCCUGGGGUCCUCAGCCGUCACCGAGGCCGACUUACUGGUGCUGGCGCUACCGCAGCCCAGUUCGCUUCGUGUCACUCCCGCGAGCGGAGGGGAAAGGGAGCGUGUUGUUGUUUUACCGUUCCUACUUUUCCAAGAUGUCGACAAAGAAUUUCCGUGUCAGCGACGGGGAUUGGAUCUGCCCGGACAAAAAGUGUGGAAAUGUUAACUUUGCUAGAAGAACCAGCUGCAACAGAUGUGGUCGAGAAAAAACCACAGAGGCCAAGAUGAUGAAAGCUGGAGGAACUGAGAUAGGGAAAACACUUGCUGAAAAGAGCCGUGGUCUGUUCAGUGCUAAUGACUGGCAGUGUAAAACAUGUGGUAAUGUUAAUUGGGCCAGGAGAUCGGAAUGCAAUAUGUGCAACACUCCAAAAUAUGCAAAACUUGAGGAAAGGACAGGAUAUGGUGGGGGCUUUAAUGAAAGAGAAAAUGUUGAAUAUAUAGAACGUGAAGAGUCAGAUGGGGAAUAUGAUGAGUUUGGUCGUAAAAAGAAAAAAUACAGAGGGAAGCCUGUUGGUCCUGCAUCUAUCUUAAAGGAAGUUGAAGAUAAGGAAUCUGAAGGGGAAGAAGAGGAGGAUGAGGAUGGAGAUCUGUCUAAAUAUAAGUUGGAUGAGGAUGAAGAUGAAGAUGAUGCUGAUCUCUCAAAAUAUAAUCUUGAUGCUAGUGAGGAAGAAGAUUCUGCCAAAAAGAAGAAAACUGCAAGUAGACGCAGCCGUUCCAAGUCUCGAUCUUCUCAUUCACGAUCUUCAUCUCGCUCAUCCUCCCACUCAAGCUCAAGGUCUAGGUCCAGGUCAAGAAGCUCUUCCAGUUCAAGGUCAAGAUCUCAUUCCACUUCCAGAGAACGUUCUAGAUCUCGUGGGUCGAAAUCAAGAUCCAGCUCCAGAUCCUCAGGGGUUCUUCAACCCCAAGAAAAAGAUCUUACUCAAGUUCUCGUUCAUCGUCUUCCCCUGAGAGAAGCAGAAAGAGAAGCCGAUCUAGAUCUUCAUCUGGUGAUCGCAAAAAAAGACGAACGAAAUCCCGGUCACCUGAAAGACACCGCAGGUCAUCAUCUGGAUCUUCUCAUUCUGGAUCCCGUAAAAGUUCUAAAAAGAAAUAAUAUAUUAAAGCUCAAUCACACACAAAAUAUAGUCCAGUGCAUGAGACGUUUUAAAGAAGUUGGUGUCUUACUUGGUCAGAAGUGCUAAAUCCUGCUAGAGGUGCAUGUUUAAUGGAAAACUGCAGCUAUUUAAUUAAUGAAACAAAAUGUAAUGAAAUAUUUUAAGCCAUAAAUUGACCCCAGAAAGGUGAGUAGUAUGACUUUAUUUUUUCUUAUUUUAAAAAAGUGCCUGUCCCUUCUUGAUUUGACUGGUUCUUUUCUUCCUGGUUCUAAGGCUCUAAUUCUUGUUGAAGAACUCUGCAUGGUAUGCUGCCAUCCUGAUUUGUCAUUUAGCCUUCACACCUGCUAGUUGCAGAACUAUCCAGGAGACAGUACAAUUGAUGUUAACGUACACUCUGGCUCCUAAACUGGUCUAGUUCACUUCUCCCCACCCCACCUCCAAAGAUUAAAAACUACUAUAGUAUGUCUUCACACGCAAAGCAGGAGAUAUAUCAGAGAGAUAAGAAAGUUAAUUUAAGUGUUGUGGUUUCUAAGUGAGACUAAAUUACCCUCUCAGUAGGCAAGAUCUCAAAUUGAUGUGUAAGCUACGUUGCAUUGAUUCUUGACUGUUGAGUGCGCACACAAAAAUUAGGUACAAUUUUGUGCUGAUACUGCAUCUGUGAGUACUUCCUGGUGGCAUGUAACUUCAGAGGUGUUCCUGGCAGCCGCUUUAUAGCUAAUUAAUAGCUCUGUGGCAGUAAACUCAAAAUGCAUGGUUAGCAUCCAAAGGAAAAAAUGCAGUUUUUCAUUCACACUGGGGCUUUUCAGGCAUCUCUUCCUAUCUGUCUUAUCCCCUCCCAAAAGCUGUUCCUGAACUACUCUCCUGAGUGUGCUACCAAAACUGAACAUUGGUGUGCCCUCUCCCCUUCCACCCCCAAUUGCACACGUGGAAUCUUUGGGUCCUGCAACAAAUUGAGCAACUAGUGUAUAUUUAUCAAGAUACAACAAAGUACUAAGAGCCAUACCACUCAAUUUGUCUGAAACUUUUUACAAAGGAGUGGAUAUGUAAUAUCAAAAUCAGUUUCUGUAAGUCAGUAAACAAAACUCAUUUCAGACUGGAAGACUCUACAUCAGAUUUGUAACUUCCAGCAAAUACUGCGAGUCUUCUAAAGUAUAAAUACCUACUUAAACAAAUCAUUGCAAACGAUCUUUUUGGACUAAUGUAAAUGUAUGGCUUAAAAUGCUUCAUGAAAUUUGUUUUACUAGCAAAUAUUUGUUAAAAUACUGACCAUUCUUAAGCUCCAUUUGCUGUGUCGUCUUCAGUGAGAUCCCAAGGUAAGUAUGUUAAGGGAGAUUAGUGGUUCUAGGAAAGAAGCAGUACAUCCUGAAUUACUUGUAUAUUGGACCAUGUGCUUUGUAAAGCAAACUGCACGACAAAUGGAGCAGAACUUGUCUUUAUGUUUUUCUCUUAUGAACAUCUUUUUAAAAAAUUGGACCGAUCAAAGACAAAGUAAAAUGUUUUCGCUGUAGCAAUAUUUUGGAUAAAUUUUGCAGAAAAAAUGCCCUAUAAUCCUGUAUUGCUUUCUCUUAGGUAUCUCUUCUUUUUAUUUUCUUUUUGCUUAAUUUAGCAUAGAUUGCACAAGAACAAAUAGUCUCUUGUAACUGCCUCUGACUUCUUGAAAGUCUGUCUAAAAUUGUGAAAAUCUGAUUUGCUAGAUGCUACAUGUUAAGUUAGUCUUGUGCUUUGUAUUUCUAAGUAUUGUACCUAACAAGUUCUUAAACUCUGCAAAUUAUAGGCUAGAACUGGCUACGGGAAAAUUAUGGGUUUCAUUUGGCUUGGAGUAAAAUGUACUGGCUUGUUUUAUGAAGAUAUAAUUCUGUAGACAUAUGUAAAUAAAGCAUGUCAAACAAA